GAGAGAGGAGACAGGACACACACACAGAGCACUGAGAGAGGGGUGUGAGCAGCGCGCGCGCACACACACACACACACACACACACCGAUCCGGUCUGUAAACAUGACGUUAGAGGAGAUUCACCCACAGGAGGAGAACACAGACUCCAGCGACAGUGCUGGCCGGGUUCUGGAGGAGGUCCUGGUCUCGUCCAUACAGCAGGACUGCCUGACGGUGGGCGUGUACGAGUCCGCCAAAGUCAUGAACCUGGACCCGGACAGCGUGGCCCUGUGUGUCCUGGCCUCGGGUGAACAGUACGAGUGGGACGUGGCGCUGCAGAUCCACUUCACCCUCAUCCAGUCCUUCUGCUUCGACAAUGACGUCAACAUCGUGCGCGUGACCGACAUGGCGCGGCUCGUGCACAUCGUCAGUGCCUCGGGGACCAGCGACGGCGGGGACGCGCACUGCAUUCUGGUCACGAGGCCGGGUGAGGCAGCGUGGAAGGACGACGGUCUGGAGAAGCUCGGAGCGUUUUGUGAAGAGCGGAGGAGUGUGUGUGACUGGUUUCCUACCGUCACACUCCCUGAGCGAUGAAGUCCACUAGACGGCUGUGUCUCAAUUACACUGACCACAUAAGGGGAGUGUCCUGCCUCUGACAUCGUCCUGUCUGAGGACGGAUUCACCUGGACCCAACCAAAGCUGUGUGUGUGUGUGUGUGUGUGGCAAGCAUGAGCAGUGGAGAGCAUGCUAGUGGACUAGUGUGGAUCUGGAUGGACACUUGAUCUGAGCCCUGCACUGCAUGAUGGGACGUCUGGAACUGGAGUGAGGAUGGACUGGAGCACAUGUGAAAGUUCAGGAACUGUUGGAGGAACCGCUCGUGUGUAUCUGGAGGAACGGCAGCAUGUGUAACAGGAGGAGAAACAGGAAGUGAUGUCAUAUUUAUCCUAUUCGAAUGGUUUUGUGUCUGAAGGACAUUUGGGAUGUUGCAGGGUAAAUCGCACAACUUCCUGUUCAUGAUGGAUUUAAUUUUAUGUGCUUCAUUUUUUCUAUAACUUUUUAUACUUUUUUAGAUGAACUCUGUAAACAUGGCACCGCUGUAACAGCAAAUCUUUUUAGAUUUUGCACAUUUUUAUAAUAAUAAAAAAUAACAAGUUCA